GUGUGCGCCUGCGCGCUGGCGGCGGCAGUGCCCGGCGGGGCGGGGGUCCGGAGCGGGCCGCCGGACCCAAAACUGAGGGGGGCCGUAGGGGAGCCCCCUCGCCGGGGCCUCGGAGGCCUGAUGGAGUAAGAGGGGUCGGCUGCGAGUGUAUGACGUUGAAUGCUUCAGAUCUGAUCACUAUGGUACGAGAACGAAAAUGCAUAUUGUGCCACAUUGUGUACAGCUCAAAAAAGGAGAUGGACAAACACAUGCGGAGCAUGUUGCAUCACAGGGAACUUGAGAACCUGAAGGGCAGGGACAGUAGUCAUGAGUGCCGAGUAUGCGGGGUCACAGAAGUGGGGCUUUCUGCAUAUGCAAAGCACAUUUCUGGCCAGUUGCACAAAGAUAAUGUUGAUGCCCAGGAAAGAGAAGAUGAUGGAAAGGGAGAAGAAGAGGAAGAAGAUUAUUUUGACAAGGAACUUGUUCAGUUAAUAAAACAAAGGAAAGAACAAAGUCGACAAGAUGAACCUUCCAUUAGCAGCCAAGAAAUAAACUCUGAUGACAGGCGACCCCAGUGGAGACGAGAAGACCGACUCCCUUACCAAGACAGAGAGAGCUACAGCCAGCCAGCAUGGCAUCACCGUGGACCUCCUCAGCGGGACUGGAAAUGGGAGAAAGAUGGCUUUAACAAUCCUAGGAAAAACAGCUUUCCACAUUCUUUGAGGAAUAGUGGUGGACCAAGGAGAUGUUCUGGGUGGCGCAAGGGUGUUGCAGGAGGCUCCACAGCCUGGUUUCACAACCAUAGCAAUUCUGGAGGUGGUUGGCAUUCAAAUAGUGGAACGGUAGAUUGGAAUCACAAUGGUACAGGAAGGAAUUCUAGUUGGCAUUCUGAAGGAACAGGUGGCUUUUCCAGUUGGCAUGUGAACAACAGCAACGGAAACUGGAAAUCCAGUGUACGUAGUACAAAUAGUUGGAAUUACAGUGGCCCCGGAGACAAAUUUCAACCAGGCAGAAACAGAAAUUCUAACUGUCAAAUGGAAGACACAACUAUGCUGUGGAACAAGAAAUCUAAAUCAAACAAAUACAAUCAAGAGAGAUAUAAUUGGCAGCGGAAAGAAAAUGACAAAAUCAGUCCGGUUGCCACAUAUAGAGGUCCUUCUGAAGGAUUUUCAAGUGAUAAGUUUCCUUCAGAAGGCCUACUUAACUUCAGUUUUGAGCAGCUGGAAAGUCAAACCACUAAACAAACAGACACCAUAGCUUCCAAAAUUGGUGGGAAGAAUGGCAGUGUAGCAAAGGAGAGGUUCCGUCGCUGGACUCCUUACCCUUCCCAGAAGACUCUAGAUUUACCAUCUGGAAUGAAGGAAGUCACUGGUAACAAGUUAGAAAUGAAGGAUAAGCCUUUCUUUGAUUUUAGCUUGACAACCACAGGAACACAAGAGCCCCAAAUGGAUGAAAUAAAUAAUUCCCCAACACUGAGAACACAAAAAGAAACAAAUAGUGGAUCUCUUAAUCACAAAACCACUUCUGACUGCACUGCUUCCCAUGAGGUGGUGAGAGAUUGCCCCAAUUCAGAAAUGGAGCAAGAGCAUACCUUAAAUAAGAUGCCAUCAUUAAAGUCUGCACUCCUCCCAAUUCCAGUCACUAAAUCAAUUCCUCAAAAGCCAGAUUCAAAGAAUCCCUCCAAAAACAACAAAACGAAUUCUUUUUUUCCUGGGGAACACUCAAAUCCCUUGCCCAAACCCACUGUGGGAGGCAGUCGUGGUUCCUACAUCUCCAAAUUACGAAGUUCAUGUCCUCAUGUUUUAAAAGGCAAUAAAAGUACAUUUGGCACUCAGAAGGAACCUGAUGAAAAUUUAAGUGAUAUAUUACAAAGAGCCAAAGAAGUGCUGCCAUGUCAUGAGUCACUGCAAAAUCCACUUCUUAGCAUUUCUCAAAGGACCAGAAACUAUACAAAAGCAAGUAGGAAUGUAGAAGAGUCUGAAAAAGGAUCUUUGAAGAUUGAGUUUCAGGUACAUACAUUAGAAGAUGAAAGUGAUGGAGAAAUGUCUGACACAGAAAAGCAUGAAACAAAAAUUGGAAACCUAGGUUCUGCAAUUAAAGAAAUUUUAUCCUGCAGCACUCAUACCACUGAUGAGAAAGAGGGGGAUGACCAAAACCUGAAAACAUCUAGAAAAGUAUCUAGUUCCCCGUGUAAUUCAGCAGUUCAUCCGAAAGAAUCUGAGUUACAAAUGGCAUCUGCAGCCAGUCCACCUGCUGGUUUAUUGCUAGAUUUUAAAACCUCUCUAGAAGAUGCACAGGCUGAUGACCCUGUUAAAGCUCACAUAUCUUAUGAAACAGAAGGCUUUGAAAGUACAGGCUUGGAUGCAGAGCUUCAAAAAAGUGAUAUAGGUCAGUCCUCAGCCACUCUCCUGCCUGAGCUAAGUAAGCUUGGCUUUCCUGCCUCACUCCAGAGAGAUCUAACCCGGCACAUUAGUUUGAAGAGCAAAACUGGAGCACACCUUCCUGAGCCAAACCUCAAUAGUGCUCGCCGCAUUCGCAAUAUCAGUGGUCAUCGAAAGAGUGAGACAGAGAAGGAAUCUGGGCUCAAGCCAACCCUUCGACAGAUCCUAAAUGCAUCUCGGAGAAAUGUCAACUGGGAACAGGUUAUCCAGCAAGUAACCAAGAAAAAGCAAGAGCUAGGCAAAGGCUUACCCAGGUUUGGCAUAGAAAUGGUGCCUCUAGUUCAAAAUGAGCAAGAGGUGUUGGAUUUGGAUGGGGAGCCUGAUCUCCCCGAUCUAGAAGGAUUCCAGUGGGAAGGUGUUUCCAUUUCUUCAUCCCCUGGGUUGGCGAGGAAGCGAAGCCUUUCUGAGAGCAGCGUGAUCAUGGAUAGGGCUCCUUCUGUGUAUAACUUCUUCACUGAGGAAGGUACAGCCAAAGAAAAUGAGCCCCGGCAGCUAUUUUCACCUGGUAACUCAUUGAGGAGUGCACAGAGUCAGAAAAUAACCAUGGCCCUGAAGCAGGAAGGGACUUCUCUUGCUUCCUCCCUGAGAGCAGGUGAAAGGGCUGAAAAUGUUGCUACUCAAAGAAGACAUAGUAUGCAGUUGCCCUCUGACCAUGCAGUAUCUUUGAUGCAUUUGGCAGAAGACCUGAACAGCCAGGAGAGCUCUACACCAUCAUCAGAGAAUCAGAAUGCCCAGGAGAGUAAUGGAGAAGGAAACUCAUCAUCAAAUGCAUCCUCAGCCCUUGCAGUCUCCAGUUUGGCAGAUGCAGCCACAGAUAGUAGCUGUACCUCUGGUGCUGAACAAAAUGAUAGCCAGAAUAUUAGAAAGAAACGAAGAGCCACUGGAGAUGGAUCUUCUCCUGAACUCCCAAGUCUUGAGAGAAAAAAUAAAAGAAGGAAAAUUAAAGGAAAGAAAGAACGUUCUCAGGUUGACCAGCUGCUGAAUAUUUCUUUAAGGGAAGAAGAACUAAGCAAAUCAUUGCAGUGCAUGGAUAAUAACCUUCUGCAAGCCCGUGCAACACUUCAGACAGCGUAUGUUGAAGUUCAGAGGCUACUUAUGCUCAAACAGCAGAUAACUGUGGAGAUGAGUGCACUGAGGACCCAUAGAAUACAGAUUCUACAGGGAUUACAAGAAACAUACGAACCUUCUGAGUGCCCAGACCAGAUUCCCUGUAGCCUUACACGAGAACAAAGGAACAGUAGAUCUCAAACAUCUGCUGAUGCCACGCUGAUGCCUACUUCUUUUCUCUCAGUCUUUCCGGAGCCUCCAUCUUCCCAUGUGUCUCCAGCACCCACUGGAGUCUCUCUCCAAGUAACCCCAUCUCCUCCUUUCCAAGCCCAUGGCAGUGUUCCUGCUCCAGACUCAUCAGUUCAGAUUAAACAGGAACCCAUGUCUCCCGAACAAGAUGAGAAUGUGAAUGCUGUGUCACAAGGCUCUGUUUGUAAUGUGUCCAAGGAAUUACUGCAAGCUAAUAGAGAGAUCACUGACAGCUGUCCAGUUUAUCCAGUCACCACUGCAACAUUGUCCCUCUCAGAGCUAACAGAAAGUUUCCACGAGCCUAGCCAAGAACUGAAGUUCUCCACAGAGCAGGGAAAUACCAGAAACAGAGGAAACGUUCCCUCUCCCCAAUCAAAUGGUCUUCCUCGCAUGAAUAAAGAAGGUGAAGAGCCAGUCAAAGGCAACAGUGGGUCUGAAGCCUGUACCAGUUCUUUUCCAAGAUUGUCCUUUGCUUCAGAAUUCCCCUUCAAGAAGGAGCCUCACUCUCCAGCCGACCAGCCUGAACAGCAGGCAGAGUCCACUCUAACAGCUGAAACAAGGGGAAACAAGAAAAAGAAGAAACUCCGGAAGAAGAAAACUCUACGGGCUGCCCACAUUCCUGAGAACAGUGACACUGAGCAGGAUGUAUUUACUGCUAAACCUGUAAGGAAAGUAAAAACGGGAAAGUCAGCUAAAGGGGCGAAAGUAACAACCUCCACCUGGGAAGAUAGCAGAACUGGCCCAGAGCAAGAGAGUGUCAGAGAUGAGCCAGAUAGUGACUCAUCCCUGGAAGUUCUAGAAAUCCCUAAUCCUCAGUCGGAAGUAGUAGCCAUUGAGUCUUCUGAAUCUGGAGAAGAGAAACCAGACAGCCCACCUAAAAAGGAUAUUUGGAACUCCGCAGAACAAAACUCAGUAGAAACUUCUCGUUCUGGCUGUGAUGAAGUCAGUUCUACCAGUGAGAUUGGCAUGCGCUAUAAAGAUGGUAUCCCUGUAAGUGUGGCAGAGACUCAGACUGUCAUCUCCUCUAUAAAAGGAUCAAAGAACUCUUCAGAAAUAUCUUCAGAGCCAGGAGAUGAUGAUGAACCCACAGAAGGGAGCUUUGAGGGGCACCAAGCUGCAGUGAAUGCAAUUCAAAUAUUUGGAAACUUACUGUAUACCUGUUCAGCAGAUAAAACUGUCCGAGUUUAUAAUCUGGUGAAUCGGAAGUGCAUUGGUGUUUUUGAGGGCCACACCUCCAAAGUGAACUGCCUCCUGGUUAUUCAGACCUCUGGGAAGAAUGCUGCCCUUUUCACUGGUUCCAGUGAUCACACCAUUCGCUGCUAUACUGUUAAGACGCGGGAGUGCAUGGAGCAGUUGCAGCUGCAAGACCGGGUUCUUUGCCUCCACAGUAGGUGGCGAAUCCUUUAUGCAGGACUGGCAAAUGGCACUGUGGUUACCUUCAACAUAAAGAACAAUAAACAGCUUGACAUCUUCGAAUGCCACGGUCCUCGGGCUGUCAGCUGUCUUGCCACAGCUCAGGAAGGUGCCAGAAAACUGCUCGUGGUGGGGUCUUAUGACUGUACCAUCAGUGUACGGGAUGCACGGAAUGGACUCCUCCUCAGAACACUGGAGGGCCACAGCAAAACCAUUCUUUGCAUGAAGGUGGUGAACGACCUUGUGUUCAGUGGCUCCAGCGAUCAGUCAGUCCAUGCCCACAACAUUCAUACUGGAGAGCUUGUGCGGAUCUAUAAAGGUCACAAUCAUGCAGUGACUGUGGUGAAUAUCCUAGGAAAAGUGAUGGUCACUGCUUGUCUGGAUAAAUUUGUUCGUGUCUAUGAAUUGCAGUCCCAUGAUCGAUUGCAAGUUUAUGGAGGACACAAAGACAUGAUAAUGUGUAUGACCAUCCAUAAAAGCAUGAUUUACACUGGCUGUUAUGAUGGCAGUAUUCAGGCUGUGAGGCUCAAUCUGAUGCAGAAUUACCGCUGUUGGUGGCAUGGCUGCUCUCUGAUAUUUGGCGUAGUAGAUCAUUUAAAACAGCAUUUGCUGACUGACCAUACAAAUCCAAACUUUCAAACCCUGAAAUGUCGCUGGAAGAACUGUGAUGCUUUUUUCACUGCUAGGAAAGGAUCCAAACAGGAUGCUGCAGGACACAUUGAACGACACGCUGAGGAAGACAGCAAAAUUGAUUCAUGAAGUUUUUUGCCUCCCAUGUUGGGAAGUCAUUAGUUGAACUAAUUUCACAUCAGCCCCUCACACCGGCCACACUUUUACCUGCCUCAGUGAAGCAGGGAAGGAGAAAGUGGUUACUAGCCAGGCUUACCACUAGCAUAAGUCUGGGCAUCUCUAUGGGAUGAUAGGUUACAAUCUAAGUUCUUGCUGGAGGUUUAAACAGAUUUAAAGGAACCAUCCUCCUCUGGGACAGCAUGGCAUGUAGUAAUCUAUGCUCCUAGUGUUCUCCAGAUCUCCAGAUGUUUAUUAAAUAUGAAGAUCUUAAUUGGUUACCCAGUGUGUCACUAAUCAUACAUAUAUUUUGCUGAUUUCAGUUUGUGAUUUUUAGUUUAUGUUCUUAUGAUGGUGUAAGCCUAGAGUCAGGCUUUAGAGUACAUGUUCAAAUGCUAUAUUUUUAGACUCAGUUUUAAUUUCAGCAAAUAGUUUUCUUUCUGAACAACUAAGUGUAGUAUGUUUCAAUAUUCUCUUGCUUUGUAGGUGGAUAGAGCUGGCUUUAAAUGCUGAAGGAACACACAGUAGGUUUUUAACAGCUAGCAUGACUGCUCUAUUGAUUAUAUUUUAAGAACUCAGACAGCAAAUCACAUAAUGACAACUCUUCAUAGAUAGCACUUCCUGUUGGACCUCUUUGCAAGUUUUGGUGGAGUGCCCAGUUUAAGGCAGUUCACAGCUCUAACAUCUGCCUUGAAACUAAGACCUCGGCACUCACUGCUGCAGGCAUUGUCAGGUGUUUGAACUGGAGGCACAUCUUUAUCUCACUUUCCAGUUUCUGACUCUCCAAUCCUCCAGUGGGUUUGCAAUCUUUUUGUUUACUGCAUUGCCAACACCUAUCUUUCCCACUCUCUAGGUGUGCCUAGACUAAUAAUGGCAGCCAUCAAAUACUUCCUCUGGGCUCACAGGGUGCUUCCCACUCACCUGCAGUACCCAAGAUAGGGGAAUUAGGAUAAAGCAUCUGAAGACAGUUUUUAGGGCCUCAAACAGGCUUCUUAGAGACUGAAACCUUCUGAAACCUUACCUGACCUUUACCUCCCUACUAACUGGGAAAUAAGAGUGGAGUAUGGUGAAGGUAAAGACUCUACUUGUCCACUGAGGGCCACCAAAUUAACAAAGCCUAGUGAGACUGCUUUGUGUUUGGAUUGAUUUUCUCUGGACUCUUAAGAAAAUCUCUUGAAGUGUUGCCUUCUACCCUUUUUCUGGAUUCUAAAAAGUGAAAGAUUCUUCAGAGAGAGAGAGAAGGGAGAAGAGCCUAGUGCCACAUAUCAAGCUCCAGGAUGUGGCACCUCCUGUUUUCUAGGAUUGCGGAGCACCGGUUUAUUUCUACCCCCGUUAGUGUACAUGUCUCCUUCAGGCUCUAGACAGGGAGACUUCCCUGAGGGUACAUGGAUGGGUUUCAAGAGAGUAUGAAAAGCUCCCUGAAAUUGUAUGCAAGGCUAAGUAUUUAUUCUUUUCUCCAAUAAAGGCUCCAGUGGUUCAUACUGGAUCCAGAAAGCAGUUAAGAGCUAAUCUAGGAGCUACUACUAGGUAAUUCAUGGCCCUACAAGCUAUUUACUUCUGUCCUUAGGAAUGGGAACCUCCUUUGUUGACCACACUGUUGAGAUUUGUAUGUUACUUGAGAGAGAACAGAGAGGACCUCAUUGCAUAAAGUGUAUUUGUGCUAUUUCUGUAUGAGAUUAAGAACCUUUCCCACUUCUCACCCCCAUUUCCUGUAAGUGUGAUCAGAAAAGCCACACUGUUCAUUGGGCUUUCCCAGGAAAGUGUAUUUGGAUUUACUGUUAAACCUGGCAUUUUAUUCUGGGCUUUAGUGAAGCCACAUUUCCACGUUGACUGGGCAGUGUGCUAAGAAAGUCUUGUAUGCUCUGUUGCAUAGUUGUCCUGUCCUAGUACAGGUCUGAAAAGAUGAGAGUGGUGGAGUCUUUGUACAGCAGGAAGGGGGUAUGUGAGGUGUUGGGCAAUCAUGGGGAACAUUUGAAGGUAUGAACAGACUGAUAGAAUCAGCAAGAACUGAUUUGGGUUAUUACACUUUGUUAAAAUUGUACACAGUCUAUCUGCCUCUUUGUGUGCAGGUGUGAAUGUUCCUUAUACGGCUGUGUGUGUGUGUGCGUGAGCACCUAUACUUGUAAUACUUCUCGUUUCACAAAAAUUUCUUUGAAGCAAUGGCAAUAAUGUCUUUGUUUCGAGAAUGUGUAAAAUUUGUUUAACCCCAGGUUAGUGUUUUAACGUAAAUGCACACUGUUCUUGCCCUCUGUUUAGAAAUAAAGGUACCAUAAGCAUCUUGUUUGCUUAUGGUUGUGUGUUCAUACUCUUAAGAGUCUUGAAAGUUAAGUAGAACUUUAGUUGUUUUUUAGUCUUCUACAAUGUCUUGACUGGUUCUAGCCCUCUGUCUCCCCUCAGAGAAGAGCUGUGGCUCAGGGAUUUGCAUUGACUGUGGUAUUUAGUACUUAAUGAAGGAAGGAAAUGUUACACAACCUGACAAAACCCAACUCGUUUAUUAUAGUGAGUGGGAGGCCAUUUUUAGAAUAUUAUUUUUAAUUGCCUGUGCCUAUUUCUGAUGGUUAGAAACCAGGAAAACUAUAUUAUAGAUCCUUUUGUGUCCAUAUGCUAGUAUUCUAAUGACAGUUGAUCCUGACAAAAUAUCAGUCACUUCAAAAUUUUUAAUGAGGUUCAGAAUGUAUUUUGGUGUACUCUUCUAUUCAGUUUUAAAGCAAUUAAACACAAUGCAAACAAAACUCUUGGAGCAAAGAAUUAUGUUGCCCUGAUGCUACUUGAAUUUUGAGAGAAUGUCAUUGCUACUACACUUCUGCUUUUGUGGGGAAAAGUUUUUUCAGCCUCAGAGGAGUUAGCAGUUGAGUGCUUAGCUCCUGACAUACCUCUAAUUUUUAGGCAAUAUUAUUGCUGUUUAAGUGAUAAUUUGCCUAACAAAGGGUUUUUUUGGUUUUGUUUUGGGGUAGAUUAGGCAGUAGACAACUUUAGUGGAUAGGUAUGUAGAUGAUUUGGUGGGAAUAGGUAUCUGACACUUAGUGGAAGAGAAUUCAUUGGAGGGGAGAUCAAAGUUUAUUGUGAAGUGGGAUUUGAACAGCAUGUACCCUCUGGUUUGCUCAAAUAACUAGAAUUCAUAUAUGCCAACUUAGAAAGUUUGUUCCUUUUAUCUAAAGGAGAGCUCCAAGAACUAUUUUGAAGUCCAUGCCUGCCACACUGAUAAAAUAGUUAUUUCAUCCCUGCCCCAUAUCGUCGUGAUCCUCAGAAUUUCAGAGAAGCCAUGUAAAGGAAAGGAAUGGAAGCUGUGGUGGAGGUGAUUUAGGCUGUACUGAGUUCCUUAUGUAAGUGGAUUUGAAAUCCUGAUGUGCACCAGACCUAGUACUUACUAGACAAUAACCUCUAACCUCACCUCCAACCCCCAACUAUGUGACUCCACUGGGUCAAAUAGCAACUGAAGUUUCCAAGAUUUGCUAAUUAGCAGCCCAGUUGAAUUGGGAGAGGAGAGAGUCAAAUAAGAUCUUUCUCCUGCUUUAGAGAAGUAAAUGCCCUAGAGCUGUUCCAGCACCCUCAGUAUCUGAAUUUUUUAAAUAUUGAAGUAAGGAGUAGAAGAAAGAAAUCAGAUGACAUUUGACUGCAAAAGUGUUCAUAAGCAAAAUAGCUUAGCCUUCUUACAUUUUGGUAUAAAGCUGUGAACUUCAUGACUUUGUAAAGCAAGAUAUAAAGCAAAUACAAGAAGAAAAUAAAGUACUUUUACUAAUUGUU